UCAGUCGCAAUGUACAAGGCCUAUUCGUUGGAGCCGGUCCUCCAAAAUUUGCCAGCUACCUUCUCGGUGGUCUGCGCCGCAACUUACAAGGAUUCUAUCCUUCUCGGCACCAAGCAGGGGCAGCUGGUGACUUUUACCGUGACGGACACCCCGUCCGCGGAGACGAGUUUUGAUGUCAGACUCCGAAAGACAAACAAGACCUUCUCGCGGAAGCCGGUCAACCAGAUGGCUGUGAUUGAGGCGCAUGACAUUCUCAUCAGCCUCUCGGACGGAUUGGUCAGCGUGCAUGCCCUAUCUGACCAGUUACCUCUGCUUCAGCAACUCACCGACCAUCGUGGGGCAAGCGUUUUCGCGUGCACGACCGAAACGGUCGAGGUUCAGAAUGAAGACGACUCGGAGAAGAAGUAUUUUGUUAUGGUGAAGAUGUGCAUCGCGGUGAAACGACGAUUACAUCUUUUCUACUGGAAGCACAACCGGUUUCUCGAUUAUCCGUCGAGUCACGUUCUGCCGGAUGUUCCGAGAACGAUGCUCUGGUCUAGCGAAGACCAUCUCAUCAUAGGAUUCAAAUCCGAUUACAUUUUGCUCAAAGCCAGAACUGCCGGAGAGGUCAAAGAACUUUUCCCGCUCGGGAGACAGCCGGAACCGCUACUGGCGAAACUCCACGGGGACAACAUAGCCAUGCUACUCGAGAAGCAGCUAAUUCUCGCCGCGGCCAAUGGGAAACCCACCGAGAAAUAUUCCAUUAACCUCAGAGACACCCCCGUGUCGGUAACUUACGAUCAUCCGAACGUCAUAGCGGUUUCGAAUAGCGGUAUCGAAAUCCAUACAAUCCAUCCUCGUCUCGACAUCCAGGAAAUCACAAUGCAGCAGUCCCCGAAGCCUCACGCGCUCAUAACGUGGAAGGCUGGUCGAGUGUUCGUGGUCUCAACAAAUAACGUCUGGUGCAUGGUCCGCACUCCGAUCAGCGAGCAAAUGCAGUCCUGCAAGGAGAAGAAAUUGUAUACGCUCGCGCUGACCCUAGCGGACCUUCUGGACACGAACGACGCGGACAAAGCUUUGUGCAAGUACCACAUAAAUAACCUGUUAGCUUUCGACCAUUUCGUCAACCGGCGAUACGAUACUGCCCUGAAGUUAUUUGAGGAGAUUCAGACCGACCCACUGCACGUCAUCGGUUUGUUCCCCACACUCCUGAAGGACCAGCACCGGAAGUUCCUUGAUUAUCCGGGACCAUUACCGGAUGUCUCCGCUGAUCUUGGCGACGCUCUCCACGCUCUGACCGCAUAUCUGAAAGCGGCUCGGCGAACCAUCAUCGGACAGACUGGCGAGAGCGUCAAGGUCGGCGGCAUACUCGAAGGCACAGCCGCCGUUCGACCGAAGAAAGAACUUCUGCAGAUAAUCGACACCACGAUAUUGAAGAGCUACCUGCAAACAAAUCCUAGUCUCGUCGCAUCUCUCCUCCGCUACCGGGACAACCAUUGUCACCUCGAGGAAUCGGAAUCGGCACUCCUGCAGCAUCACAAGUACACCGAGCUGAUAAUCCUCUACGAACAGAAAGGACAGCAUCGGAAAGCGUUGCAACUCCUCUUCGAACAAGCUCACGUACCGAAUUCACCUCUCAAUGGCCACGAAAAAACAGUUCAAUACCUCCAGCGUCUGUCGGUUGAACAUUUUGAGCUGAUCCUCGAGUACGCGAAAUGGGUCAUAGAAGCCUUUCAGGAUGAUGGACUUAAGAUCUUCAUCGAGGAAAAGUGUGAAAGAGAGAAGCUCCCCAGAGAUCGCGUCAUUCAAUAUCUUACCAAAGAAGCUCCAGCCCUGAUACUGCCAUACCUCGAGCACAUAAUACUCAAAUGGCGAGACGACAAUAUUUUGUUCCACAAUAUGCUCGUCCACAAAUACCGCGAACAGAUCCUCCUUCGAUCGGACAAUGGCGUCGCCGGUGAGGCCGCAACCGCUCUUCGGCAGAAGCUCCUAGUCUUCCUGCGUACUUCCGAAAGGUACACCGUGAACAAGUUCCCGCAAUAUUUCCUCGAUGACAAGCUCUACCUCGAAUGCGCCAUCGUCAUGGGGAAACUUGGCCGGCAUCAAGAUGCCCUCACCAUUUACAUUCACGUGUUGAGAGACCUCGACCUGGCUGAACAAUAUUGCCUCGAGCAUUACUUGCAGCAUAAAACCGUUGAUCGAGAAGUCUUCCUCAUCUUGUUGAGCUUAUGCAAUCGUCCAGCUGACGUCUGUCUGAAGGCGCUGAACAUCGGGGCCCCACCUCCGACUGAACCAAUCAACAUCAGCCGGGUACUUGAGAUUCUAAACAGACACGCGGAUAAACUCGACCCUCUGAGAGCCGUCGAGGAAAUUCCCCCCGAGGUGUCGCUGAAGAAGUUGGAACAGUUCCUCACAGGACUCUUGGAGACCCAGAACGUUUAUCUAUCGAAGUUGCGGCUGCGUCAAGCCCUUUUAAUGAACGAGAACUUCAAAAUGAAGGAGAUCAAGAUGGACAUCGAGAAGAAUCCCGUCCUUAUACAAGACAGCACUUUGUGUGAUAUCUGCGGGAGAAGAAUCAAUCGAAGUGUUUUCGUGAUGACGGAGGACCAACAAAUUGUGCAUUACGCCUGCCACAAGAGAGACAUGUCCAUGUAGAAUCGACGGCUCAGAGGAACGAGGCUGAAUCGCUCUCGGGCGGCCGAUUCGAUUCCGGAACGGUGGAUGAAUGAUGAAAUGCUGAAUGAUUCCCUCUGGAGCGCAGUUGUACAUAGAAUGGUUUUGUUCCAUUUGUCAGAUUGGGAAAUAUAUCUAUUUUUCAUUGGCGUACGGGAGAGGUAUUCCUCAUUCAUUUUUCAAAAGCAGACGUGGAUAGAAGA